UCCUCCUACUUGCAAUCGCAAGCUUCUACCUCGCUCCCCACCAGCUGCCUCCGUCCACUCACCUCUCUCCCUAUUCUGCCAGUGCUCGUCCUCUCGCACACAGUAACAAACGCUCCCCGGAGUAACAGCUGCUAGGUUUAAGGCAUUAAAACCCUAUCCUUUUCAGGUCCCUUUCACCUUUUCUUUUUCUUCCCUUCACUGCUAUUUCCGUUUGCACGCUUGCGCUUGACCGCCCGAGCUCGCACACGUACUACAUAUAUUCGCGAGCUCUGCGAGGGAGGCCGAGGCAGAGACGACGACGAGAAUCAGCAACCAGGUGCUGUAGCUUGAAAGUACUCUCUGAGCUGAGCUAGGACACAACAGCCGCCGCCGGAGAGAUGUCGGGCCGCCGCGGCAGGAUCAGCGACGACGAGAUCAACGAGCUCAUCUCCAAGCUCCAGGCACUCCUCCCGGAGUCCUCACGCCGCCGGAACGCGAGCCGGUCGUCGGCGUCGAAGCUCCUGAAGGAGACGUGCAGCUACAUUAAGAGCCUCCACCGGGAGGUGGACGACCUCUCGGAGCGGCUGUCGGGGCUCAUGUCGACCAUGGACAACGACAGCCCCCAGGCCGAGAUAAUCCGGAGCCUACUCCGGUGACCGGCCGGGCCCUCUCCUGCCUGCCUGCUAUAUCUAGCCAUAGCUGCGGCGGCCAGCGCAGCUGAAGUAGUAGUGAAGACGAAGGAGCUUGCUCGCUCGCCUGCUACGACCUUAUGUUCUUUGGUUUUCUUCUUCUUCCUCUUCAGGUUUGUGUGUUUGCUUGUUUUCGGUGUCUCUUAUUAAUCCGAGGGCCCUCGUGUUCAGAAGGCAACGAAGGGCUCUCUUCUCGUGUACCAGACCAGGGGGUUAGUAGAGAUUAUAUGGACAUCUAUUAACCGACUAAGCAAGGUACUGCUGGUAGCUUGUAGCACAUCACCAUAUCUGUAGUAGACUGUAGCAGCUGUUCAGAGUUAAGUUGCAGAUGCAUCCUUGAGUAAGAGUUGUUGCUGUGUAGAUUGCCUGUUGCUCUUGUCUCUGUCCCUGCCAAUGGGCGGACAAGCUUAACGUCUUAACGACGACCACUCUGGAGACAAAAAUAUAUAUACUAUCAUGUGUGUUUCCCCUGUCUU